UAGGGAGACGUACAAUAAAAAUUGGACGUAAAGCUCGAUAGAGGCGCGCGUACCUGGCAAAAUUCACUCGAACGAGAGUACGAGGACCCGCAGGAUAUAGCGGAUCCAGUCCGGGCUCUCAAGGAGCAAGAGAGACGGGGAGAAGCAGGAAGCGAGCGCGCACAAGUAGAAUAGAGCGGGACAAACAGGCGGUAUAAAAGUCACAGGAUCCUUCUUUACGAGAUAUCAGCUCGAUAGAUAAUCUCACGGCGGCGCGGCGGUCGCCGUCGGAGGAGACCGCGUCCUGGACAUUCAAUUUCGUAAAUGGCAGCCGGAAUUGCGUCCGCGUCCGCGUCCGCGACGCUCAUAAAUCUCGCCGGGGCGUUAUCGCGCGAUUGCCAGUCGGCUAGCUCCUUCGGCUCCUGAUACGUCGCGAAUCGAAAAGCCGGCGAAUACGUGUCGGUCCGCCGCGUGGUAACCGGAACCGGAAGCAGCCGGGCGUGAAUAACGCCGUGAACCAUCGCGUUCGCCGCCGUCGACGCCGCCGCCGCCGCGAUCGCAAACGCGAAGCUCGCGGACUGCGCAUUAGGGACGCCCUGUUACGCAAUGCACGGAUAGCGACAUUGGUGACAAUCAUCGAAUUACCUGCGAGUGCACCGCGAUCGCCCGCAGUUUCGCGCGAUACUCCGCGCGAACGGAGGCUUUGUGCGGCUCGGCGAUCGUAUUCCCGGCGUAAACGUCGAACGGUGUCGCGUGCUCGCGCAUGAAAGAACGCUCGAUUACGAGCCGGUGAUUCGAAACCGGUAUUAAUCGCGGUGAGCUCGAGAUCUCUAAUGUUCGCGGGCCGCGCGAGAAGGAACCCCGCCUCGUCGUCGUCGUCGUCGUCGUCGUCGUCGCGAGAUUGUCACGAGUGACGCGAGACGACGCAUUUUUCCCCGGCGAUCUUCGCGUCGCUCUCGCCUGCCGCCUGGUCGCCCGCGAUCCGAGGACAAUCGUCGCGAACGUGUUAAUUAAUCAGCACGCCCGUCUGACGUAGCCAAGUGACUCGGCGGAUCGCGUGAAUGCCGCCGUUGUUGUCGCACGCGCGCGGGAACUUGCGCUCCGCUCGGGAGCGGCGGAAUCGGAGCGGCUGGAAGAGGCAAAGGUUUCUGCCGAACGCCCGCGCGCCGUCUGUGAUGGAAUUUCAUUAACCGGCAAAAGUAACGCGACGACGUUAGUUCCGAAAGUUGUAAACAUCGUUACGCUGCAUUAUUCGCGGUUUAUUUCCCCGGGGCUCCCUCAGAAGAGACACCGAGAGCGCUGUCAAAACUUCCUCCCGAGAGUGAGAGAGAGAUAGAGAGAGAGAGAGGGAGAGGGGCGGGAGGGAAAGAGAGGAAGAGAGACCGGGGUAUUUGCAUAUGUCGAGUUCAGAGAAACGACGUUCGCGAGAGCGACGUUCCUCGCGCGCCUUGUUCCAGCGGAUGUUCCAAAUGGUGUCCUUUGGAGGUACCGAUACUCUCGGCGGCUUGUGCUCCCGGGCGGUGUCUCGCGGGAUCCUCCUCACGAGCGACGAUACCAAAGCGCAAAGUUCGUUCGAUUGAAAUACGUAAAUGCGAGGGACGCGUCGAGUCGCGUCAACAAUCGUGGUCGAUCGCGGUCCUUAUUCCGACAAAGCUCGGCCGACGCGAGAUCUAGGUUGGCGCAUAUAAUUAACUCGCCUCCCUGGCACGUACGGAUGACCCAGUGAUCGCGCGCGCAGAACGGUCGUGGACAUUCUAAAUACAUCGGUUCGCUUUUAGCCCUUUGUCCAAAAGAAACAUUCCGAGCGCCGGCUUGCAUUAUACGUAGAAAUCGUGUCCUCGAGUGCUUUGCUCCCCCUUAUUUAUAGACACGUUCUUCGACCCAUCUUGUAUCGAACGUAACAGAAGCAGCGGGCUUAAUAAUUCAACGAAGCACCGAUGGAAUUUUCAGAUCAAGUCAACAACUGCUGUAGUCGGCGGUCAGUUCUACGAGGGAUCUGAGGAUCAGGAUUCAAGAUUCCACGAUUAGAAAGGAAAUUUUCUCAAGAGAAAAGAAGAGAGAGAGAGAGAGAGAGAGAGAGAGAGAGAGAGAGAGAGAGCUACAUCGGCUGAUAAAAUCGGCUAUACGAUGGAAUCGAAAGAAAAACUGCAAUCGAUGACGGACGUCCUCGAGAGGGACAGUUCGCGGUCGAAGGACCUGUCGGUCGUGGCGAUGCGAAAGACGGGCACCUGCGAGAUUUUGGCACGGCAGGCGAUGGCUUGGUGCCGUUACUGGCUGCUAACGUUUCCCGUUACGAUGACGUUGAACAACAUCGGCUUUUUGGCGGUGUCCCUCGCGAUAGUGUUGCCGCGGUCCAUCAUUUACAGGCUCGUGUAUCCGAUUUUCAGAUUGGUCUUCGGCACUCUCUACCCGGCGUACGCUUCUUACAAGGCGGUGCGCACCAAGAACGUCAAGGAAUAUGUCAAAUGGAUGAUGUACUGGAUCGUGUUCGCGCUGUUCACCUGCGCGGAAACCUUCACCGACGUCUUCUUUAGUUUCUGGUUUCCGUUUUACUAUGAGAUUAAGAUCAUCCUGGUGCUCUGGCUGCUGAGCCCGGCCACUAAGGGCUCCAGUAUCCUUUACCGGCGCUUCGUGCAUCCGGCGUUAAUCCGCCGCGAGGCUGAGAUCGACGAGGCCCUCGCACGCGCGACGGAACAGGGUUACACGGCGGUGUUGCAUCUCGGCACUAAGGGCGUGAAUUAUGCCACCACGGUCCUCAUGCAGACCGCGAUCAAGGGCGGCGGCGGGCUGGUGCAGCAAUUGAGGAAAAGUUACAGCCUCAGCGACCUGACCGGCGAGAAGGAGGACGAAAAUAGAAACACACCCGACACGCACGACGAGACGGACGUUCAAGCGGAACCUCGUCGAAGAGAGCACGUCGGCAGGAGGGGCUAUAGUCCUCGCAGGACCCAGUCCAGCAGCAAUCGAGUAGAGAUGUACUUCUCCGAGGUGGAUGUCGAUGUUCGACAGCCAAGGCCUAGAGAACCCGUAGCUAGUUUAACAAAUAUAAGGUCUUCGGACGACAUAUCUAGUGGAUACAGCAGCGGCGAGGCGCUGCAGUCUCAUCGCGCGGCCUCUCAGGGUGACUCGUUAGUGAGAACGUCGAGCGUGGGCGCGAGAACGCGCUCGAAGCCUCGUUCCGCCACGAAGAAGACGCCAGAAGACAGGGACGAGGAUUUCGACCGCAUCGAUCUUUCACUUCCCGAAAACACUUCCCUCCCGUCGUCCCUGAAUGCCCUUACUCCCGAGCAAGCUGUCGAGCUCUUGCUGUUGCUCUCUCGGAACAAAUCGGAAGAUGGUCAGACCGUCGCGCGCGCCGAUGGAACCGCGGACGCGAAUCGAUCCGCGGUGAAAAUAGACGAGCACGAGUCGCCGCCGCCGCCGCCGCCGCCGUCGUCGUCGUCGUUGUCUUCAACGGAAUCAAGCGGACCCGCAUUCGUCGACGCGGACUUUCCUCGAGCGGACGUCCGGACGGUGCAGACCAUAGAAAUCGAGAAUAUCUCGACGGAAAACCUGUCGAUAGUCCGGCCGGGUCCGGACACUUCCGCGAGAAGAGAAUCCGAUCCGCGACGAGACGAGGCCGACCGGCCGAUCGAAUACAUCGACGACGGCGAGGUGAAGGGUGAAGGGCGAGCGGUCUCAGCAUCAUCCGCAAAGACCGACGUAAGCAGCGAUGGUGAACACGUCACCGAUGAGAUCUGCCAACAGAGAUUCGACGAGCUGAAGCAGUUGUUGAGCGAUGCGCACCGAGCGGUGACCGGCAUCGUAUCGUCGCGAGAAAGCCUGAACGUGACCGAUCAAGGUAAGAAACGCGACGAGAGCGUGCCGGGGACGCAGGCCGACGACGAGCCUGUGAGCGGCCGCGCUCGCCACGACGUCGCCGCGGCCCAGCGUCCCGUCACACCAAGUUACACCCUCGACGAGGAUAACCGCGCCGGGAAGUAUCAUAAGAAACCGGCGCCCAAGGCGCCGCUGGCGAGCCAGGAGGACGACGUUAACGAGAACGAGCCGGAGAACGCGCUGAAGGCCACCCUGGUCAUCAAGACCGGCACGUUGAGAACAUUUUCCAACGCGGACGUCACGAAGGACGUUUUCCUGGCGCACGCGCCAGCGAAUAGCUCGGCGAAGAAGAAGAAAAAGUCCGGCAAACUGCGCGCUAAGGAGAGCUUCUCCAAGCUGUUGACGAUCCCGAGGAACAUCUUCCACAGCGCCUUCCACAAGGAGCAGAACGAGUCCUCCUCCAAGGAGGAGGACUCCAGCUCCAGCACGUUGUCCGAGACCAGCGGCUCCGCGUCGCGCUCGGGUAGCGUCAGUAGCUCCCAACUGUUUGUGGACACGUCCGCGAAAAUGUCAAGCUCCUCGAAGCAGGAAGCCGACGUGGAGGAAAUCCCGCUGAGACCGGAGCGCGAUGACGAAGCCGGGGACCCCGGCAAGAGCGUCGACCGCGAAACAGCUGCACCUGGGAUCGUAACUCGCAAUAAAGCCGAGACAGGUCUCGACAAAAUUGGAAGCGACAAGGCGGAGGACGAGCGCGCGACAGAGAAGCUCGGGGAGAAAAGUGCCGGGAAUAAAACCAACUCGGAGCGAUCUCUUCAUGACGGCAGAAAAGAGAUCGUCACCGACAUUUAAGAGCGCCUCGCGCGGCAGAAUCGCACCCGGACGCGGUCCAAUAAUUAUUCACUGCGUGUACCCGUUUUGUCUGAUGAUUGUCUUCGAAGUGCGAGAAGAGCUUGAUCCCUUUCCUCCGUCUCCUCUUACCCGUCUCGUCGCCCGCACCGACCUCUCCUCCCCUCUCACUUUGUCUUAAUCGGAAAUCCAGGCAGAAGAGAUGGACUGAUCCGUCUAAGAUCAUAACGAGUUUCGCUACCCUGCCUCGUAGUAAGAAGACCAGUAAGAAGAAAGUGGCAUGAAACCUACCCGCUGCUGACCACAUCAAGGAAUAAGACCAAGCCUCUUCCUGGAGGUAGGAUAACGGAGGAUAAAAAAGAAAAAUUCUUCGUCGGCGUGUCGAAUCUGAUUUUGCAGAGCGGAUUCGCACGGGCACACAUGGGUCAGCAGCGAUUCAUAGCGAGAUCAAGCGAAAGGCGCGAUGUGUACACAACUAAAUGUCUCGGGCACCAGUAUUUCUCUUGAUUCAGCCUUCUACGACUGCGUCGACUUAAUUUCCGAAUCGUUAAUCUCUCAUCGUGUACGGGGGAAAAUUCGGUUCUCCUCUCCUCGCCCUGAUUUAUUCUCGAGCUUAUAUCGGCGGAUGAGGCGCAUGAGGCCAGCCGUUGCGAUGGCCUCGCAUCAUUUCCCGAGGGGAAAAGGCCGCGUAUGAAAAAUAUAUUUCUAUCAAAAUCCGCCUGGCCGGGUCGCGAUAACAUCGUUGCUCACAGUCAUCCCGAAAUGUUGUUACGUUCGAUGAUUUUGCCGUGUGUACGUAUCCAACCCAAACCUCGUGAGUGAGUUUUAGCUUUUAUAUGAUAACGUUUCGGUAGCGCUGGUAGUUGGAGAACUCGAUACAUAUUGCACGCAGUGUAUCUGCUUACGAAUAGGCUUUGAUUAUAACGUAACGAAACUUGCCAUACUCGCGGUGUAGUGGCGAACGACGUAGAAAAUAAAAUAACGGCUCGUUAUUCCUGCGUUCCCGCGAACGAGAUCGACGGCGACGGCCGAGCGGGAGAGCGAUCGUCGCGGAAACGAUCGAGGAAUCUUGCGUACAGAGCGACUGCGAAAUUACGUAGAACGACUUUGAUAAUAUCGUAAUCGAAAUCAAGUCUAGUCAACGGAGAAAAUGGAUAGAGAAACUCAGGCCGUACUGAAGUAAUAGUGCCACACGAUCGACCGCAAUUCCCCUUUGUUACCGAGUAGUAAUCGCUCGACGGACUGUGUCUACGGUAACUACGGUUGUGCGGUGUGCUUCGCGAGAGAGAGAGAGAGAGAGAGAGAUUGCGCGAACUGUAUUAGCUUGAAUUGUGCGUCGCGAAAGUUCGAAGGCUCUAGGAGCGGCGCGAACUUCUCGCGGGCCGUAGGGAGGUAACACGAUCCUGCGUAAGGACCAACGAUUUGUCGUGAUUAAGUUGGGACAAAUUGCAUUAGCGACAUCGUUAAUGUUAACGUUUUGUGAAAUAAUUAAUCCGUUCUUCGUGCACUCGUAAUUCCCGAAAGCGUCGUACUAACGUGCACUUUGCUAGCGAGUAUCGUAUGGACACACACACUGUACCGUCUAACUUUUUCGUAUCGAUUUGACCGCGUUUGUAAUUUAGGAUUUAUCUUGCUUGGCUCGUUACGCACGAAGUAAACGUUCACCCUGACUAAUUUUCACGAUUACACUUCUCGUAAUCUCGCGUGUCGGGCGUCAUGUAUUCUUCAGCACUUUUAGCAUUUGACAGAGGCACUUCUCAAUUGUCGCUAAAAUCAAGGAAUUAAAAAACUGUGAUUGGUUUGGUGUUUGAGAGGCUCUCUAGAGGCUCAUGAACGUGCGAAAUUGGAAAUUGUACGAGCGACUCUUGUGACAAAGUUGUGACGCAAAAGAGUACAUGAUGCCUGACGCGCAAUUUUAUAUCUUCUCGUUAUACAGCGGACGAUUUUGUAGAAAGACUUACGCACAAGUGCUAUGAUUAUUUCAAAUUUAAUUAGCAUACGUUGACGAAUCUGUAUAGUUUAUCGUGCCGUACUUUAUAAACGUUCGUUGUGUAGCUUAGGCAAAAUUAACAGUAUCGCAUAAUGUGAAUAUAGAAAAAAGAAAAAAACGGGAAGAAGAAGAAAGAGAAAAGGGCGCGGGACGUGGCGUUAAUUUAUAUUAGUUGAACACUCGAUGAGCAGGAUAUACUCGAUUUGUUACUCGACUAACGAUUGUUGAUUUUACGUGUACAUGUUCUAAGCGAAGUUCACGAUGUAUAAUCGGUAAAGCAAAAUGUAGCAAAUGCUUCGAUUCACUUUGCGAAGUGUAUGUAAAAAUCGUGUAAAUGUAAUCGAUACGAAGGAACGACUGUAUCGUUACCCACGCGCAUGUAUACGCGCGGAAUAGAUAUUUUUAUCGAAAGCAAAUGUAACAAUAUUCGCCCGAAAUGAAGAUAACACAUUUGCUGCAUUUUACUUGCAUCUUCUAAUGCGACUCGUUGAGAAACAAUAAUUCGUACUUGUCCCGAACUUUAUAUGUGCGAACGUAUGUGAUAAAAGAGGAAGAUGGAGAGUGCACAUGUAUGUAUGUGUGUGUGUGUGUGUGUGUGUGUGUGUCAUGUGCGUGAAUGUGAGAAAAGAAGCUCAACUACAAAUCUCUACUGAAUACAGUCGGUUUCCUAGAUCUUGUAUAUCACUUGUUCUUUGUAAGUAUUACGCCUCUGGCGCAUAAAUUGUGUGUCCUGAGCUAUUAUGGUGCUGCGAACUUUAUAAUUUGUUUUACCAAUUAUAUAUCUCCUCAGCGGAUAUAAGGAUAUGAACACAUUCGAGAAUACUUUUAAUGCAAAGUUACUCUCUGCUCCUGGGGUUCUCGAAGAAUUACCGAAGAUGCGAUAUGAGAUUGGUUUAGCGGUACUUCAGUUCAGAUAUAGUGUAGUAAAUAAAUGAUAUUGAAGUACGAUA